AUGGCAGCAAGUAUACCAACACAGAUCGCAGAAACGAUCCAAACCGCACACAUCCAACGAGAUCCAUCCCCACGGCACGAUCUAAACCCAUCUUCAUCCAUCUCAGAGAAGGAGCCCGUGCGUUUACACGAUGCACCCCGCCAACAUCGACCUCGUCGCCGUCGAAGUAGUCGGAACGAUUCCAUUGACGAGAUAGACGAUGAUGACUUAGAUGAUGAGGAGUUGGAUGAUUUGGAUGAGGAUGAGGAUGAGGACGAUGAGAUCCCGAUUAGUGUGCUGAGACCUCGACCUAGAUCCCGCAAUUUUGCGCCGAUGCCGGAUUUGAGGUUCGAGCAGAGUUAUUUGCAUAGUAUUGCGAAGGCGGAUACGUGGUGGAAGGUUGCGUGGAUUACGGUUAGGGAUCAGAUGAUGAUGCCCUUCGCCCAAGGCGUCCUCUACAACCUCGCGAUCUGCGGCUGGCACCACUGGAACAAGAACGCGCGACUCAGCGGAAAUACGACCGGUGCUCGACUCCGACGGUGGUGGUACGGCGUUAAUAACUGGCCUUUACCUAAGAAUGCUACUACUACGACCACAAGAAGGACUAGAUUGAGGGCGUGA